AUGCUCGGGCACGUCGAGACCACCUGCGUGGCGCUGGCGCCCCAGCUCCUUCCCAGCACGGAUCUGGAUUUUACAUCUGCUGCGCUGGCGCCGCAGUACAUGAGGCGCCACCAUCCCGAGACCUGGCUGCCGCACUCCCAGCUGCGCUCCCUGGCAGACCCGGUAACCAUCCUGGCCGGCAGCCGGGCAUGGACCAGACCCAGCGACUGCCUGGCCGCCUGCUGCAUCGAUCAGAGCGUGGUGCUGUGCUCCGCCGGCGCAGCGGGCCGGAACACCGUCAGGAUGUCCGUGCUGCCGCUGGCGGUGGCGCUCGGCACUGCUGCUGCGGAGGUCGUGCUGGAGCACCGCCCCGUCAGCGUCCAGCUGCCCGGCACCAUCCUGCAACUGACCCUGAGCAGCCGCCUGUGCGCGGGGUGGGGGACGCCCCAAGACCCCGGCGCCCUGCCCCUCCUCGCAGCCCGCACGCUGCACGGGGUCACCUGCCUGAAGAUCCGGGAGCACCCCGGCGAAGGGGGAAUGCUGGCGCUGCAGGCUCUGGGCCCCGUUCCCCUGCCCACGGAGAGCGCGGACGUGGCCUGGAGCGCCCACUUCGCAGGCCGCGCUUUCCUCAUGUCCGCCGACGCGUCCCUCGCAGAGCUGGAGGCGGGACCCGCGGGGGUGCGGCUGCUGGCGAGCGGGCUGCGGGACCUGCGGGAGCGGGGCCCGGACCCAGGCCCCCACCCGGCCUCGCCCCCGCUUUGGGCCUGCGCCAGGGGCCGGGUGAUCUGCGCCCUGGCGGGCCCCCAGCUGCUGGCGGUCCCUGGCGCGCCCGCCGAGGGGGUCCCCCCCCUGGAGCACCUGGCCGCCCUUUCCACCACCGGCCCGGAGAUCCUGCUCUUCGACCUGCGCCGGCCCGGCACGCCGGUGGCCGCCUGGCCGCUGCCCUCCCAGCGCGAGGUGCCCACCUCACUGGCCUUCUGGAAAGGAGGAACGCAGGGCCCCGCCCUCCACGGCUCGGCGGCGCGCGCCGGGUCCAUCGCCGCCUGGCGCGCCGCCUUUGAGGAGGAGGGAGCGGGGCGCGCACUGGCGACGGGGCGUGCGGGCCUGCACGCCGCCCUCCCCGGCGCCGCCUUUGACCCCGGGGACCGCGUGCUGACCUGGCGCCCGCGGGCGCUGCUGGGUCACGCGCUGCUCGAGGCGGACUGGAGGAGCGGGGAGGGGCUGGCGGGCGGCGGCGCGCUCCUGGCCUGCCUCACCCCGCUCGCCGACCUCGUCCUCGGUCGAAUGGACCCGACGGCGGGGGAAGGAAAGGGUGGCGAGGCACGCCCGGCCGUCCUCUGGCCCGCCGGGUGGCCCGAAGAGGGAAGAAGGGCUGAGGCCAGGACGCUGGACGCGCCCGUGCCGGCCAUGAAGGGCGCCCUGGUGCGGGACGUGCCGGUGGAGCUGCCCAUCCACCUCCAGGUGCCCGUCACGGCUGCGGAGAUGUGCAGCGCCCUCGACCCGCACGUCGGCGCGCUGUGCGCGCUGCCCGCGGGGGUGCAUGCCCGUGCCCCCGGCAGCGGCAAGCCGCCUGGGCCUCCCGGGGCAAGGCAGCGCAGCGUGGUGGUUCCGGACUCCGACCGCCUGCGCGGGUUUGCAGAGGCCUGGGGGCUGCGCCGCGUGUGCUCCCUGGAAGAGUUGACCCGCGGGACAGAGGAAGGCGCGGGCGCGGGCCCGCCCGCGCCCGCCGCCGGCGCCGAAGAAAGCUUGGCCGCGGCGUGCGGCGAGGCGACGCUGCGCCACGGCGUCCCGCUCCCGGCGCGGGCGCGCGGCGUGACAGGGCCGCCGCCCCUGAUCCUGCAUGCUCAGCUGGCCCCGCGGGAGCGGGCGCACGCCGCCGUCGUUGCCCCGCCCGUGGAGGACUGGCCGCCCAGCCUCUCCCGCCUACCGGACGAGGUGCUGGCGGCCGUGGCCGAGCUCAAGCUCUCGUGGCCUGCGUGGUGA